CCAGCCAGAGACAGCCAGAGACACACUGAUCUGGUACUGAGAGUCAAAAAAAUAACGACAGGACGAAAAAAACAUCGAUCAACGAUUCACGCGGGCAAUAACAUACCAGACAAGAGCAUUAGUGGACGUGAAUUGACGUGAAUGCAGAAGACUGUUUGACGUAUCGGCGUUGGAAUAGGGGGGGAAAAAAAAAAUCGAUUAUCAUUCGGUUAGUUUUCACCCGUACGGUAGCCACUGUCAAUCAGAGGAAUGACUGGUCCUGAUUGUGCACCGAAUUUGUGUCCCAGCCGGCUCUGAUCCUGUGACAGCCCAAAAACCCGAAGAAUCUCCCCCAGUGGUCGUUGAAUAAUGAAAUUAAUUGGAUCGCAGGGUUUCAAGUGAAUGGGGGGAGUUGAUGGGCAAAAGCUGUGAUGAUCGUGCAGGAUUUACCAGUGAAUUCGUGAUAUUUUGAGAUGAAUUGCAAUGGGGGAACUACGGUGUACAGUGAGGAACGCAAAGCUGGAGCACCUGGGGACAACAGAUCCAUCAUCACGUAUGCCGGAGACGAGGCGUUAUUCUCAACGAUAGAGAAUAAUCUCCUCCAGGCGAUACCUCUGGAGAGCGUGGAGUGGCGCAGAUCCUUCGGACGUCCCAUUAAACAAAUUAAACUCAAUGCAUCAUUCGUGCAAUUCUCACGUGAUGUGUUGCCCACCGAGAAAGACUGGCACUUGAUAAAACAUCCGAUACUCCAUAUCUACUGGAGUGAAUGCUCAGAUUUGGAUGUGUACAAACUAAAUGUGAAGGACGAUAUCGAUAGUUGGCUGAAAAUUCUAGGACAAUAUGGCAUUCAGGACUGGAUGAUUGUUAUCGUAGAGACUUAUGAUAUUAAGAAAACUAAUAAAUUGAUACCUAGGACGACAGUCCUGGAUAAAAUACGCAGUGAUUUUGCUGCGAAACAUGGGGACAGAUGCCUGUCCGUAAUAAACCCAAUAAAAUCAGAAUCCCGUUCAGCCGAGUCAUGGCGAGGUUUGAUAACUCGAAUCCGCCACCUGACGCUCACCGCCUACGACAAAACCCUCUCAAAAUUCGAGGAGACAAUUCGCGAGCAGCGCGAGCGUCGUAACGACCUCUCCUGGAACUUCUGUCGUUACUUCCUCCUCCAGGAGGAGCUCGCCUUCGUCCUGGAGAUGCUGGGUGUCUACGACGAGGCGCUGGUGCAGUACGACGAGCUGGACGCCCUCUUCACCCAGUUCGUCCUCAACUCUGACGUCGGUGAGACCCCAGCCUGGCUGGGUACCUUCCAGAGCCCCCUCAACACCUGGGCAGGCGUGAAACUGGACAAUCCAGUGAGCCACCUGCGCACCCUGAUCGCCGAGUGCACUUGCUCCCUCCUGGACCUGCGAAGCUACCUCUUCUCGAGGCAGUGCGCCAUGCUGCUGCUGCUGAAUAAACCCUGGGAGGCAGCCCAGCGUUGUCUCUCCUUCGUCUACAACACUCUGAGUGAACUGAAAAUCCUCGAGGUGCAGAGGCCAAAGGGCUCAGUCGAGUGUUGGGCAUUUCUCAGCGCCCUGGAGGUCCUCCAGACCUGUCAAUCAAGAAUAUCAAGCAGUGAUAAUGGACAACAACUGGACCUGUGCUCAUUGCACACAGCUGGAUUGUGGGCCCUGGCCAGUGACAAAUUGGGGGAACUGGGGAGACUCUGUGGACUCAUGCCAGGGAAUGAGCCCACAAGUCAGCAACUCCACACUGUUGUCUACCUCAUAGCAGGCAUGGGUGACUCUAACGAUCAAACAAAGGGGAAAUUGUCUCCGAUAGACAGGCUCAAGGGGGCACUGUCGUCCAAGGAAGUCUUCAAGCGUCAGUAUUUGGAGCACACAGAGCUGGCGAUGGGGACUUACAAGCACGUGGGGAGGAUACGUUCGGCGAGAUUCAUUGGAAGAGAGUUGGCGAAGUUUUAUGGGGACCUCGGGGAGAAUCAGAAGGCAGUGGCUUUUUUGCUGGACGCCUUGAACACGUACGUCGACGAGGGCUGGGAGGAUCUGGCCGCUCAGACACGACUGGAACUUGCACAGUGCUACAAGCAGAUGGACGACAUCGAGAGGUACAUCAAGAUCUGCAGUGCCAUCGCCAGCUCGGAGGUCCUCCACGUGACAGCCAGGAGCACCUACUUCGAGGAGAUGAUGGGGUACAUGAAGAUGCUGUCUUCACCCCUGCUCACUGAACUCGAGGACACCUUCACGAUUAUUGGAGUGAAUGUCAAUGUCUCUGAUAAAGUAGUUCAAGACUGUAUAGUUAGCAUCGAGGUGACGAUCAACUCGAGAUUACCGAGGGAUGCUGAGUGCUCGAGGGCUGCGAUAUCCACGGAGGAGGUGAAGAGACCCAGUGCUCCUCACAAGAAGAAGGGGAAGAUUGCUGAGGCGAAGCCUGUGCUGCUCACCAAGUGGACGAUGGACGACCUCAAACCCAAGAACCCUUUGCUGAUGUCACUGUCUGUUCACUCGUACUUUGACUGCAACCAGGACAAGACUUUGCACACUGCUGGGGUCAUCGAUAGGAGGUUUGCGCCUGUUGUCACCAGGUCUGACAGCUCCAAGCACAGGAAGCCAUCGGUGGACGUCAGGGGUGACUUCAGCAAGGCAUUGACGUGUGAGAGGUUUACGCUGAAACCUGGGAGGAAUAGGUUCACUGUCACCAAGAGGGACGAUCAGCCUGGAUUCUACAAGGUCAAUCAGCUGUCUCUGAUUGUCGAGGGGAAGGUGGAGUACAGGUCGGGGGUCAUCAGUCCCAGGUUGUGUUACGAAGUGGCCAAGACUCAGCCGAGUAUAUCGGUUAAUAGCAGAGACUUGGUGGCUGGUCUUCCUCAGGAUGCUGAGUUAAUCGUCUCCAGUGGGAGUGUGAGGAUUGAGGAGGGGGCUAGGUUCAGGCUCUGGACGUCCAGGGGACUCAUGAUCAAGAUGGCUGAGGGGGGCACCAUGGGGGGAGAGCUGGAGGUGAAUUCCCCUGGGUGCGAGCCCUUUGGCGUCGUCAGGCUGAGGCUCAAUGUUUUUGCUGAUCUUCCACCGAAGAAGGACUCCUCCUCCAUGGAGCACAAGCUCAACAUUCAGACACCCUGGGGCGCUGAGGUGUCCAUUUCCCUGCACUUUGGGCCACCUCUCAUGUCCUCUAUGCAUCUUCACACUGCCAAGGAGAGGAAGUUCGUGCAGAUUUUGGUGACUGGACUCACUGCACAAUUGCUCCAGCUGAGGGAGCCGGAACUUACGACCAGCAGCUCGGUGGACGUGGGGUUUAAAAGUCUUAAUCCGGUUGCAGGACAGAAGCUUGUGAUUGGGAAUGGGGUGAGGGUGUCAUUCAUGUGGGAGAUGGAACUGGGGAGGGACGAGAGGAGGAGCUCUGUGUCGAUUAAGGUGGAUUUCAGGGUCAAGUACUGCUUGCUGGAGGAUGGGGGAGGGGAGGAGGGCGAUGAUGAUGAUGAUCCGUUGCAUAUUAGGAAGCUGGGGAGGACGGAGGAGGUUUAUUGCUACAGGUGCAACUUCGAUGUGAUGGACUAUGUGACAAUGUUCAUGGUGUCAUCGAAAGUCGAAGCCAGUGGAACCGGAGGUGAAUUUUGUCGUGCCGGUAGCAUGUGUCACCUAUGUCUAACCGUGAUUCGUGUGUUACCAAACACUAAUAGCACCCCUCCACCCCAACUCAUGUACGAAGUACUGGCUGAUCAGUCAAUGUGGGCUGUUUGUGGUCGUACUGCAGGAAUUGUUACCCUUGAUACCCAAGACAGACAGAGUGUCACACUUGAUGUUAUGCCAUUGACUAGUGGAUAUCUACCACUUCCUGUUGUACGAUUGUCACGUUACAUUCCAGCUAUUGAAACCAAGAAUGAUAUCUCGAGGAAAUCGGAAGUCUCCACGGGCCCUAGACUGGAGCCAUUCAGUCCAGGCCAGGUUUACAAUGCCAGUAAGGCACAGCAGGUGCACGUGUUGCCUGCAGCUCCAUCAGAAUCCAAUUGAUGAUUCGAACAAUCACCGACUAUCAACAAUUUCCAUUAGUUAUCAUGUUUUUUAUGUUGCUUUUGCGUUUCUUGUGGUGACAAAUCGUUGUGCCAUCAGAAAUCUCUAACUAAGUGGGGAAACAAUUCUUCUGUCGAAGAAUAAAAAAAAAGAAAUUUUCAAAAGUGAAUAGUCUCCCUGGAAAUACUUACACGUAUGAAAAAAUUUUAUUGAAUUAAUAAAUCCAAAAAUUUAGUAGAAAACCCAGCGAAUUCGCUAGAAAAUUCUAGUGAAAUUCCAUAGGAAUUCUAGGGUUCUCCAUAGGAUUUCUAUUGGAAUUCUAUUAAAAAAUUCUAUUUGUUUUUUACGCUGAUUCUGUUGG